GUCGUCGUGACGGCCGCGAGCGCGCCGCCCGCCGCCCGCCGCCGCGCCUGCCAUAAAUCAUCCCGCGCGGCGACUGUGCAAGAAUUUGUGAGCGUCUAUACUGUAGCAUGCAUGCAUAUGCAGCAGCAGCACACUCUGACUCAAAUUGCACCAGCAGCAAAACGCAAGACCGCGGUCGCCGCGCGCGCACGAGCACGAAAUUCGAACUCUCGAUGAGCGCAAAGACGCGCAGCGCAGCUAGCAGAUUCGUGCAAGAGGCCAAGGCGGGCGCGGUGGCAGUGGCAUUGGCAGUGGCAGUGGCAGUGGCAGUGGCAGUGGCACCAGCCAUACUCCGGUGAUGGGAAGCUAGCUAUAGGCUGGCAGCGGGCCAUGUCCACCCUACGGUCAAGUCACGGUUGUGAUCGACAUCGCUCGUCCCCAAAGCGCCAGCAAGUGCACCUUUCUCAUCCUACUGCUCUGCGGAACUUUUACAACUCAUUGCCCAGCAUGGCUGCUCAACUCCAAGUCAUCCAGCAAAAGGCUGAGUACUUUGUCUCCCAGGUUGACAAAGAGCUCUCCAAGUACCCCCAGCUCGUCAGGCUCGAGCAAACUGUGCCCGUGCCCAAGGCUUACGCUGCCAUUGGUGGCUUCGGUCUGUUCACUUUGGUGCGUAAGCGCAAGGUGCUUUCGGGUCGCCGUCCCCAACAGACUCACAUCCUUGUACUCUGUCAUUUGUCCCGUCUACAGUUUGUGUUCUUUAACAUCUUCGCCGGCUUCUUGACCAACUUGGUUGGCUUCGUCCUUCCCGCCUACUUCUCAAUGAAGGCUUUGGAGUCCCCUCAGCCUCAGGAUGAUGUUCAGUGGCUCACUUACUGGGUCGUCUUCGGCUUCUUCAACUUCAUCGAGUCUUUCGUUGACUUGAUUCUCUACGCACUUCGCAUUGCCAACUCCCAAUCUUGCGUCAUACAGUGGUUCCCCUUUUACUACACCUUCAAGACCUUUGCUAUUGUCUGGCUCAUGCUGCCUCAGACACAGGGAGCCAAGUUGAUCUACCACCGCGCCUUGCGUCCCCUCCUCGCGCAGACUGGCUCACGCUCCGCCGCUGCACCAGUAGCGCCCACUGCUGCUGACGUCAACUAAAUCUGACGCACGCGGCUGCGAAUGUAGAGCAACUCGAGAUGCAUUGCCCUGCGUUCUCACCCGCUUCCUUCUGAACCCGAUGCCACGUCAUCUCUCGCGACCUCGACCUGAACAACACCAAAUCCCCCUUCCGACUCAAUUUCUCUUUCCGUCGAGAGAAGUCGCUGCGCUUUCUACGUGUUGGGCAUUCCAUCGUAAAUGCGCUCCUGGUUUCUCUUUUGGCCAUUCUCAUCCACGUCUUGUCCCCUCAACCCCGCCUGCUCGUCCCCCCCUUUCCAUU